GCCUCCUCCACCAGCGGUGAACCAGUCUUUGAGCUUGCAUGACGCAUCCAGAGACGCACAAUCUUCCAAGCACUACUAUCUCCUGGAUAUCUCAUCGUUCGUUCCAUCCAGCUCUCAGACUCGUCACGCCUUUUGACGUGAGAUCUUCCUUUGGGGAUAGCUAGGCAUACCACCGCCACCAGCAAUCGCCAUCACCAACGAACUUACUAAGUCGAGACUUGAAAAGUCAUGUGCCCCCUCUGACUCACGAAUGCUUUAUACGCCCUCCUUUCAGUUUUAUCGCAAGAAAGUAGUCGAAGCUGUCGCCUCUAGUGCAUAGACUUCUAUCCAGCCUACUUACGUCUCAUCAGCGCGAUUCUGAGGGGCUGACUCUUAAGAGGGACAACAGAGCAUUGACAACAGUUCUCCAGCCUGUGUCAGUCGCUGCUGUAUUUGCGCCUCGUGUUCAUAUACACCGUUCAAGCCGUCUCGACUUUGAGCAUCGCUUUGCGAGCAUUGUGUCCACAAAGCAGGGAUUAUAUGCUGAGGACCAUACACUAGACACCAUAUAAUCUUGGUUCUUGGUGCAGUCCUUCCCCAAAACUCUGCCAGGUCCAAGCUCAUCGGGUCAAUUCCUAUCAAAAUGGCCACAAAAACCGACUUCUCAACCCCCGACAUACCUCAAUCCACCGCAACAUUCUACGUCUCAGCCUGCACACGCAUCAACGCCCCCGCAAGCUUGGUCUUCCGCACCCUCCGCAACACCGAAACCUGGAAAGAUUGGAAUCGCUGGAUCCCGCGUGUGACCAUCACAUUUCAGCCGGACGACGAAGACGACGCCACGCUGGCCGAAAUCGAGGAGCUGGUGCGAAAUACUUCGAUCGCGGUGAAUUUCGACUCCGACAUUACCGAUGGAGCGGUCAUGCCGGGCCCGCCAGUCGAGCACUCUACAGCUCAUAGGAGGGGAAGUGGUGGCGGCGGUUUGAGUGCAGCGAAUGGGGGCGCAAGACGCUCAGGCAGCAUUGAGCGGCCGAGUAGUCCACCACCGGUGACAAGGCAAAGGUUAGCCAGCAAUGCCAGUAGAUUCUCAGGAAUAUCCCAGAACAGCAUGGACGGGCCCUCACGGUCGAAUUCUACGGCAAACGCCAACGGCACCGGGACGUUGUCUGCAGCCCAAAAGUACCAGGCCGCGACCGAGGCGCGCAGGGCGUCGCUAUCCCCAGGCCAAUCACCCCCUCCACCCACGGACCAAACCACCAACACCAACUCGAUCCUGCUCGAGUCUCCCGGAAACGCGUCUCUUCUCAUGCCAGCCCCGGCAAAUACCCAGUCAACGGCCCUCGCAGCCAAAGCUUCACGGCGCAAGUCCGCCACCAAUUCGCAGCAACGGAGACAGCUCCAUAUCAACGCCCUCUACGGGGAACCGUCGGUGCGGAUCCAGCUCGGCACGAGGAUGAUCCUGCACAUGAGGAUGAAGCUGCCACACAGCAAGGAGAUGAGGGAACAGGGCGUCGUGGUCACCGAGGUCUCGCGCCCGGACGACCCGCAGGACGAGCCCGGCCGGGCCGCCCUGAUGCGCACGCAGACCCACACCACCUCCAUCUCGGGCGUGUACCGCCUCGUGUGGAGCAGCACCGGCUCGUACAGCCCGCCGAAGAGCUACCCGCGGUUCCUGCUGCAGACGCAGCGCGUCCACGAAAUCAGACCGUACACCAGCGGCGACGGCAAGGAGAUGUGCGAGUACUGGGACUGGGAGUGCCAGAGGGGCAUCCUGGCCAAGCGGAACAAGAAGGAGAGCGCGUACAUGGAGGAGCGGAUGGCCGAGUGGGGGCGCAUGCUGGGCGAGUUCUGCGAGAGCAUGGGCGGCGCGGUCGAGAGGCGGGACUUUAGCGUUGGGUGAUUCUGCCCGGCUUUUGCUGGGCUUGACUCAGGAUGAGUCUUGUCAUCUGAGGGGCCGCCAAACCAAGAACAGGCCGAGCGAGGGCGUGGGGAUUCACCGGAGGCCGGUCUGCGAGACUGGGAUGUACAGCGACCGGACCACCUCAGAGAUGAGGGUAAUCCCGGCCGGCGAGAUUCAAUGAUGCUCGACCGACAGACCGACCGACCGACGAUAAAAGUGAUACGAAGCUAAUGGAUGAAAGAGGAUGCGACAGUUUCACGACCAGAAAAAACAGGGAUCAUGAACCCAUAUAUAAUCUGGGUGUUGAAUGGCCGUGAGUCUAUGGAUACAACUUACGAGGCACGCGGUGGCUUAGUAAUAUAGUAAUGCGAAGGGGAUGCGGCGCUGAUACGAGAGAGAGUGUCAUGUCAUGCGUGAGAAGAUGUAGCUCCCAUGGGUAGAGAGAGAAUGCAAGAUACCCACUCAGCACG